CGCUCGGCGGCGGUGGGUCGGCCACAGACUUUUGGCGCCUGGAAAACAUGCAGACAAGGGACCACAUCUUACACCUAGACCUGAAAACGUUAGCGCGGAACAAAGUGCUCCUUUGGGCGACCGUCUUUUGCCUGGUGACGCCUAUUCAGUGGACUCGGUCAGAGGACGGACCGCUUCGAUUCGAAGAUUUCCUCCCACCCGAGGUUUUCAAGAAAUAUGACAAGAUGAAACCUCCAAAGACUGAAGGUCAACCGACGAAAGUUGACUUUCAUGUCACAGUAAUGCAAAUAGACUCGAUCAACGAGAAUUCCAUGACAUAUGUCGCCGACAUAUUUUUUGCUCAGUCCUGGAAAGAUCACAGACUUCAUCUUCCGGAAAAUAUGACAUCAGAUUACAGGCUACUCAACCUGGACUGGCUCAACGACAUCUGGCGUCCAGACUCGUUCUUCAAGAACGCCAAGUCGGUGACAUUUCAAACAAUGACGGUGCCAAACCAUUACGUGUGGCUUUACGCAGACAAGUCCAUCCUCUACAUGGUCAAGCUCACCUUGACGCUCUCCUGCGCCAUGAACUUUGUCAUGUACCCGCACGACUUCCAAGAGUGCCGUCUACAAAUGGAAUCACUAUCGUACACAACCGACGACCUGGUGUUCGUCUGGCAGAAGGACACGCCGCUGGUGGUGGACGAGAACAUCGAGCUGCCCCAGCUGGAUCUCGUCAACAACUACACCGCCGACUGCUCUCACGUCUACCCCACAGGGAACUUCACAUGUCUGGAGGUGGUGUUCAAGUUCAAGCGACGCCUCGGCUACUACCUGUUCCACACGUACAUCCCGACCUGCCUGAUCGUCAUCAUGUCGUGGAUCUCGUUCUGGAUCAAGCCGGAGGCGGCGCCGGCGCGCGUCACGCUUGGGGUCACCUCGCUGCUCACGCUGUCCACCCAGCACGCCAAGUCGCAGUCCGCCCUGCCGCCCGUCUCCUACGUCAAGUCCAUCGACAGCUUCAUGAACGCCUGCACAGUGUUCGUGUUCCUGGCGCUGAUGGAAUACGCGCUGGUCAACGUCGUGCUGGGCGACAGUCCGGAGCCGGCCAAGCCCGGCCAGCCGGCCGGCGGCGUCCCCGGCGAGCCGCCCAAGCCGGACCGGGUGUACCAUCUGGCCGCACGGGAGAACGCUCGCAUGCUGACGGGUAGGCCGCCGAAGCCGCCGGGUCUGUCCAAGCACCAGGUUUGUCGCCGGCGGGCUAUAACCGUCGACCGGGUGUCGCGCGUGCUGUUCCCCGCUACAUUCCUCCUGCUCAAUGCCACUUACUGGGUAGUCGUUCUAGACCAUCUCUAGAUGGCGCCGCCGUAGUUCAAGGACACAGCGUUAAUGGUGAAUGAAAACGACACUUAGGGCGACCUAAGCUUCUGAAUACAGGUGCGUAGGCGAACCGAACGUGCAUGAAAGAACCGAAGCCGAGUACGGUUUGUGGAACUCUGUCAGUGGUUCGUGGCUGAAGUGACCGGGGUUGGAGACGGUGGUGUUUUCCCCAAUGCGCAGCGGCGCCGUUGGAUGAUGGCAUUGACUUGUCGAGUGAUGGGGUUGACUUGACAUGGUAUGGUGUGAGGGCUGUUGAUACUUCUCGUCAUAGGAUUGUGUUCGUUAGAAACUUUGUGAGCCGUGCUGAAUAUGUGCGCUGAAGAGUGUGUAGGUGCCCCUGUGAACUCAGACGACAGUUUACCCUGAAUGAUGUGAUGUGGAGUCAUGGUGUGGAAGUGUGAUGAGAGUGCGUGCCACCUGGGAUAAGAAUAAACUCACUCGGAGCGCA